AUGGCUUUGUCUUCCCGUUCAACUGCCACAUCUCAGUCUGGCAACCAGUAUUUCGAGGACCUAAGGAAGGUGGCCGGCAGCGGUGUCGUCCACGCUUUUGAUGCUGGCUCCGAGAAAGGAAGCACCACCAACAUCGGCAGGGUCUUAGGUGAAGGGGGCAGGGUCACAGUAGUUUUGAAGCCAGAUAUGACGACGUGCGGCGAGGAGGAUCCUGGCAAUGCCGAAGUCCUGCUCACCAACGCUGGCACGGUGCACACGGAGCGACCUUCUGCUGGGUAUGGUACCUUCGGUGCCGUUUUCUUCCCAUUCUUUGAGCUGGGCCUUACCGAGGGCUGGUUCAAGGGCCACCCUUACGAAGUCGUUGAGGGGGGCCUUGGUGGCCUGCAGAAAGCGCUUGGUCGCCUCAGCUACAUCCUGGGAGAUGGUAAAAACUCGCGUGUGUCCUCGGAGACAGACUUACUGUGGGCUCUCUGA